AUGAAAGGAAACUUCAGAAUUGCUAUUAUAAACUAUGUAUUUACUGGUAUAGGCAAUCGCUUGAUUCGUUUAAAGAGGCUUGGUCGGAUAUAUUAUGAAAGAAAGAUCGAUAAUUGGAGAAAUAUCAUUCUGGAUAUUGCUAAAAAUAACCUUAAAUUUGAAUAUUUUGUAGUUUGUCUUCAAUAUGCAUUGUCACACAUUGUAUCGUGUGUAACAAUUUUCACUUUGCUCUAUGUAAACUUUAGAAAUUCCAAUAUAGAAGCACAACUAAGAAAUAAUAUUAUUAAUGUUUCGGUUGAGAAUAACGAUAGUGAUGGCGUGAUACGAUAUAAAGGUGAAGAUGUGAUAUUAUAUUGUGAUCUAAUGAUAAGUGAUUUAGAGUGUUUUAGUGAUGUUAUAUGGAGAGUAAAUAAUACAGAAAUAGUAAAAGAUUGUGAUCAUAUUAUAUCAUACAACCAAACUAAUAAUAUUAAUGUUACAUCAUUACAAAAAAUAAAUACCCAUUUACAAUCAACUUUAAACAUCAAUUCCAUAAAAUCGUCUGAUUUUGGUCAUUAUUCUUGUGCAUUUUAUCAAUGUGAUGUUGACGUUAUGGACAAGGAUUCCACCUAUGACAAUCCAAAUUGGUGCUUGAGAGAUUCAAUAAAGACCUUUCAUCUACUGGAGAAGCCUGUUGACAAUAAAAGGUUUGAACUGAUUCCAGGGUCUGUCUUAUCUGUGUAUUAUGAAUUCAAGUCUAUAAGUGAUCCGGGUGAUAUUUCCUUAAAACUCUUGCGAAAUGGAGUAUCUUUUAAUUCUGUAGGCGAAGGAACGUGCUCCUUAUUUAUUUCCCUUUAUCAGUAUUUAUCUGGAAGUUUUAGUGAAUAUCCAAUGUUAGAUAGAAAGGUUCUUAAUGAUGGGUUUAUGAAGAUAUAUUCCUUAAAGUUCGAUAUAUGUAUUGCUCAAAAUGGAUAUGGCACAUAUGAACUGGUCAUUGAAAAACGAUUUUAUCAACUUAAGAUGAUUAUAGCAGGCCUUAAGCAUCCAUUAGUGAUGGAAUUAAUACCAAAAACGCCGGAUAUUUUCCAAAACCCAUUCUAUAACUUUUCUCAUUACUCACGGAAUAGACUGUCGGCAUUGGCUCAGCUAUGCUGGUUAAAACAUCCACCAAAUAAUUCCGUUCUACCCUGUUAUUCUAUUGUUGAUUCCUUUCUUUCUGAAAUUAGUCUGUUUUUCUUGAUGGAAUAUCUAAUAAUAUCCAUAUCGGUAAUUUUGUUGGUAAUUUCAUACUAUAUUAUUCGAAGAUCUAGUAGCCCUAUAGUGAGAUUGUUCUUUCGAAAAAUCCUCUUGAGGAAAUCAAAAUUUCUCACCUAUGACAAUGGCAGUUUACAAAAUGUGUUUGAUAUUUAUGUGUCAUAUGCUCGAGAGGAUGGCAGCCUUGCAAGGCGCAUUGUAAUACUGCUAAAAUCCUUUGGAUUUGAAGUGUAUUGGGAAGAUGAACAUGUAAAAUUUGGCCAAAGUGUUUGUUCUAAUCACUCUGAAUAUGUGAGACUGAGUCGUACCUUCAUUGUUAUUGCCACUGAAAGUUAUCUUGUAACAGCAUUUAAAAAUACAACCGAAAUAUCUUGUAUUUUGGACCAUAUAAGAGACCAUAGAGAACGAUUGUUAAUUCUCAAAGUAGGAAAAAAUGACAUAGUUGAACCUAUUUUGGAAGCUUAUACUGCUCAUGAGUGGAGUUUUGAAAUUGAAGAUAAAGAUCACAUUAUUAAAUAUUGGAGUCAAAAUAUAUGCUCAAAAUAA